AUGGAGGUUUUCCUUCAUAAUCUCCCUAUUGAUCUCACCGAAGAUGGAUUGAAGCAGCAGCUCUCGGGAUUCAUGAAGGCGCUCGGGAUUCAAGACUACUCCUGCGACAAGCCAAGGAAGAAGCGCUUCGGUAACAUCACUUUUCUCAAUAUCUCUGAUGGUAAGAGGUUUCUGUCUACCCAUGGCGAGACUUUUCCGCCAGGCCAAACGCGCCCAAUCUCAAAUUUGAGGCUUCUGGGCACACCCGUCUUUUGCAAGGUCAGCAAACGAGAACCACUCGACUACGCCCUGAGGAGCCUUGCGCACAAUGCCAACGAGCGACAUCACCCCACUCAUGUUGUCGAAGAGCGAGGUAAUCCGAUAACCUUCACAAUGUUGAGAUCUAGCUGUGGCUACACUACCUUCUUUAACGACAAAUUCCUGUACGUCCCCGAAGUCCAGUGGGAAAAACCGGGAAUUGUCACCUUUAAGAAGCGCAUGCUCGAGGUGAGUAUGGAAAAUACUCGUCUGAUCAAGGUCCCCUUCAAUACGAUCUUUGAGAUUGUGUGGACCAGCUCCGGCUCGUUACUUGUCACCUUGAUGUCCGUUCCGCUUUUUUUUCACAACAACCCGGGUGAUGUGACUCUAGGUUUGGAUUUCAAGGCCGCCACUUGGGCAUCACGUUCACGUCCAACUCGCUCUCGUCUCUCUUCACUUGGAAACGUUCACUCUGAAAUAGUGGGCCAAUGUUUGGUCUAUAACUUCCAAGUCAUCCCUUCCAAUCUGCAGCCGAAAAUAGAUCUACUCAAGGAGUGUGGUUUGACAAUGAACCCGUACAAUUUUGAGUCCAUGUAUGAGGGAACCUUCCGGGAUCAACUUACUUUACUCAAGGCAGACCUGGCACAGCAUACAAGGAACGGCUCACUCCCAUUUGCGAUCUCUUUCCAACUACAAGCACUCGCCUACAACGCAUAUGUCUCGCCCGUCAAGAUUUGUGCCCUUGCCAAGGAAUUGGCAGGCAUCUUCAAGAGCAGGAAACAGGCAGGGAAGAGACAGAUCUCUGUCAACUCGAUGAAGAAGCUUUUCAAUCUAAUUGACUGGCCAUCCCCGCAAUGCGACCCGAAGGACUUCAGUGUCGACAGCUUGAUCGAUGCUGUGCUCGAGAGUGAGCAGGAUCUUCAUGACGGGAUUAUUCAAGCCGAUGGACUCUCCCGCCCUAGUCCGAACCUAGCCCAGAUCUUCAGGAUACUGGUUACCCCAUCGCGGGUAACUUUGCACGGUCCAGAGGUGGAGCCCAUGAAUCGGAUUCUACGAAGGUUCCCCAAUCAUCACGAGUACUUUGUGCGGGUUCAAUUCGCCGACGAGAAUGGACAGGACAUACAUUUCAGUCCUCAGGUCAACAACGAUGAGGUGUUUGCUCGGUUCAAAGAUGUUCUGAAAAAGGGAUUUCAGAUUGCCGGCCGGCAAUACACAUUCCUGGGCUUCUCGCAUUCGUCGUUGAGAUCCCAUUCGGCUUGGUUCUCGGCCCCAUUCAUCGACGAUCAACAGAAACUCCAGACUAACCUCACCAUCAUCGACGGGAUUGGCAGCUUUAAGAAUAUAACGUGCCCUGCAAAGUGUGCAGCUAGAGUUGGACAGGCAUUUUCCGAAACGCCUUUUGCAGUCAAUCUGAAGGAAAGCGGUCUUUCGGUCUGGAAGAUAAAGGAUGUCGAAUCUGACAAUCACACUCGGGUGUUCAGUGACGGCGUCGGGACUCUUUCUUGGGAUGCCGUCAAGGCUAUACGCACCGUCCUACCAAUGAAGAAAGGGCUUCCCACCUGUUUUCAGAUCCGUAUAGGAGGAGUCAAAGGUAUGCUGGCCCUUGACAGUAAACUGAAGGGCUCGCAGAUUCGCGUCAGGCCAUCGAUGAUCAAGUUCGAGAGCAAAGACAUGGCGAAUCUCGAGAUUUGCGACGUCGCGUCAAAGCCAAUUCCCCUUGUGCUGAAUCGGCAGGUGAUCAAAAUCCUAGAGGAUAUGGGGGUACCCGAUCAAUGGUUUUCGAAACUGCAAGGCCUUCGUGUUGAGGAGCUGCGGAAGGCCACCGCGACCACCAAGAAUACGGCAAAGUUUAUCAGAGGGCAGGAUGUCGCUGAGUGCAUCAAGCUCUACCGCUUCUUCCUUCUCAUCAACUGCCUCCAGCUUAAUUACAAGGAAGACCCUUUUCUCCGCGGAGUGGUUGAGGCCAUGGUUCUACGCGAAUUACGACUCCUGAAACACAAGGCACGAAUCCCAGUACGGAAGGGUAUAACUCUCUUUGGCAUCAUGGACGAAACCGGCUUCUUAGAGGAAAAAGAGGUCUAUGUGACCUACGAUACAAUGGAAAACAGAUUCGCUCCUCCCCCAGGAUACUGCCGACUGUUCGUGACCCGUUCCCCGGCUCUGCACGAUGGCGACAUCCAAUACGUCUACAAUAGGCGCCCUCCAAGUGACCAUCCUCUGACCAAUCACAAGAACUGUAUUGUCUUUAGCCAAAAGGGCCAGCGAGACCUACCGAGUCAGCUUAGCGGAGGUGACCUUGAUGGUGAUCUCUACAACAUCAUAUGGGAUCCCGAAGCCACUCCAGAACGAGUCUUUGCUCCCGCUGACUAUCCAAGAGUGGACCCUGUUGAUAUCAAACGAGAAGUGACAAAGAAUGACAUGGCCGAGUUUUUCGUCGACUUUAUGCAGUCGGAUCGUCUCGGUGUCAUCGCAACGAAGCACAUGAUCCUUGCAGACCAGAUGGAUCUUGGAACUUCACACUCCGACUGCAAGAAGCUCGCCGAGCUCCAUUCAACAGCUGUUGACUUUUCGAAGACGGGCGUUCCGGUCAAGCUUGAAGAUAUGCCCUCGAUGAGCAAGUACCGACCUGAUUUCCUAGCACCCGGUCCCUUAGCCUACGUCCACGACAAGCAAGAAAUCAAACUCGAACCCUACUACAUACGACCCAAUCCAGAAGAUGACGAGGAUUCAGGACCCGUACACAAAUACUACCGCUCCGAGAAGACCCUCGGUAAACUCUACAGGGCAAUCGACGAACACAAGAUCUGGAGCCAGGAAAUCCACACGACAACGCAACCGAAUCCGAAAGCAUUCUGGAAGAAAGUUAUCGACUCCCUAACGGCGAGAUGCGUUACCCUCGGCACCUCGCCCAUUUGGCAACAUCACGCAGAAACUGCAAGGCAGAUCCGCGCAAGUUACGAAUAUGCAAUCUACGGUGCGAUGAAAGACUUCUCUGAACACCCCAUAAACCUCAUAACAGAACUUGAAGUUUUCAUCGGCCACAUUCUCAACAAAACCGGCGUCCAAACCCACCGUCAGCGCGAACGCUCCAUAAAACUAAAGGACGAAUUCGACCGCAUUGCCUCUUGGAUCCUAACCCAGAUGCGUCCCGCGGGCCCUAUAACCGGGUACGCAAGCGAAUUCGAUAACCUCGAACGCUGUCUCGCCUGCGUUCAUAUCGCUGGAGAACCUGAUACAAGGGACCCAGGACAUCGACGCGGUAGGUGGACGGGGCUAGACAGCUUCCGGGUCGUCGCUGCUUGUGCCCUUCUGAUGGAACUUGAGGAACACGAGAGGCUUGUACAGGGCUUUUACAAUGAUUUUGAGAUAUCACUAGGUUUAGAAGAUGAGAUUGUACCGUUACCCAAGAUCCGAAAUGGGCUAGUGAUGAGACAACCGGACGGAAGCGAGGUCGCUGAUCAUUUUUCGGUCGUGGAGCUUUUGGAGGCUCUAGCAGACGCGGGAGCGGGAUUUUGA